UUGUCCACUAGGCUAAAAGGUGGCAAGUAACGUUAUUAUCUUUGGCCAAAUUGCGGAGGAUGGUGAAAUUAUAAGUACAACAAAGAACGCUUUCUUCGUUGUGUUCGCUUUGAAUUGCCAUUGAAAUAUCAUACAAGGGCCAGCGGUGGUCUGCGACCUCAAGUUUUAAAAAGAGACUUUCUCAUGGUCUUUGUUCAGUAAAUCCAGUCAGUCCGCUGUCUACACGCUCGAUAAAAGCUCAAUACAAAGACGAAAUUAUCGCCGGCAGGAAAAGGAAAAGUUUAGGCACUUUUGAGGAAGGAAGAUAGUAUGAGUGGACCGUGGUUUCAAGCGGGAGCCAUAUUCCUUGUUGCUGUAGUUAUAGUUAGUGCUGGCUCAAGCAACGACGAUCUCUUUCCCAAUAUGGUCCGAGAAAGAUCAAAUUGUAAGARGGGAAKAUGCAGGAGAAACGUCGACAGGAAUUCAGCGGAGAUUGUUGAGAAAGACACCAUCUCUCGGCUGUCGAAUUUAUUCGGAGAGGGCAAGAAAGCAAURGUAAAGCGACGAUGCAUGGGUUGGUGGUGUAAAAAUGGGCGCACGAUCCGCGAUGAUCUUARUUUCAACAACGACAAAAUAAUCACUCAAGACAAGCGAGCACAGUUCAAAAGGGUUGUUAAACCUAAAAGAUGCCUUCAGUGGAAAUGUAAACAAAAAMGAACAGCCCAGAAAAUAGAAAACGCACAAGAAAUCACGUCAARACCCGCAAAGAAAUGUUUGGGAUGGAAAUGUUUUGGUAAAAGAGCAAAUGAAAAUAAAAGAAAAUAUAAGAGCUUUGAUUCAAAGCGUUUAGUACUUACUCAGGUUAUGCAAAGGCAAGGAGACGUUGAAAGCGAAGGUUGUCUAUCAUGGGACUGUAAAAGAGAGGCUGACGCUGACAUAGCUGUAGACAAGAAAGAAGCAAACACUGAUUUGGACUCUGAUGUGAGAGAGCACUUGACGGAAAGAAGCUACCCUCGCUUCAAAUGGGAGUGGUCAGGAAAAUAAACCCAUUUAACCUUGCAAGUCAUAUUUCUUAAUAGCUUAUUAGUAUCAGAGUUCUAUGGACAUCAUGAUUGGAAAUCAUUUGUAAUAUGCGUGUUUCUAUGCAUGAUUAACACUCUUCCUGGAUAUUAUUAACUGGCAAAGCAGAUAUAUGGCCAUACAAGUGUACCGGACUAACUCUGUAUUAUACUAGUAAAGUCAGUAAAUGCACGAAGAAAAAAAAGUAGUUCAAACAGUAGAAUACAAACAUAUCUAAAAUAAAUAUACAUAUUAAUAUAAUAACCCAACAAAGAUUAAUAAAUUUAUCGGCAAUCUG